AUGGGCUGGACCUUCUGUGGGGAGAGGAUACAGCAGGGUCCGAACAGCUGGGCUGACACCGGGCAGCAGCCCAGCGGCCGUCGGAGCUGCAGGAGCAAUUACAGAGCCUCCGGCCUGGAACCUUCCUCACCGGCCUGGAGGAGACACCAUUCUGCGGACAAUGGGGGGAAGGAAGGGAAAGCAACGCCGCUGCCAAUGGUGCGGAUAACUUCCUCAAUGAAGUCCCUCCUCGGAGGUCCCCUGCUCAUCGCACAGUGGGUGGAGGGAGGUGCUGACCUGGGGAUUUGCUCUGGGGAGAGGGCUGGAGGUGGGGGGAUGUGUCUGGGGAGAAACACUGGGCACUGGGAGUCAGCAGCCGCCAGCCCCCACAUCCUCAACUGCUUUAUUUCUGAUUUGCAUUUUCCAUGGCUGAAUCAAUCUGCUGACUUCCGUUUUCUUUUUCUGUUUCAGAUCCUGUGCGCAGGUGGCACCCCUAGUCCAAUUCCUGACCCUUCAGUAGCAACUGUUGCCACAGGGGAAAAUGGGGUAACUCAGAUCAGCAGUACAGCAGAAUCCUUUCACAAACAGAAUGGAACUGGAACACCUCAGGUGGAAACAAACACCAAUGAGGAUGGCGAAAACUCUGGAGCCAACGAUAGUUUAAUAACACCUGAACAAGGAUCUAAUGGGACUGAUGGGGCAUCUCAAAAAACUCCCAGUGGCGCUGGGCCCAGUCCUGUGUUUGACAUUAAAGCCGUUUCCAUCAGUCCAACCAGUGUGAUCUUAACCUGGAAAAGUAACGACACAGCUGCUUCCGAGUACAAGUGUGUAGUAAAGAAUGAGAUGGAAAAUGAGAAGACAAUUACUGUUGUGCAUCAACUGUGGUGUAACAUCACAGGCUUACGUCCAGCAACUUCAUAUGUGUUCUCCAUCACUCCAGGAAUAGGCGAUGAGACUUGGGGAGAUCCCAGAGUCAUAAAAGUCAUCACAGAGCCGAUUCCAGUUUCUGAUCUCCGUGUUUCCCUCACCGGUGUGAGGAAGGCUACCCUCUCCUGGGGCAAUGGCAAUGGCACUGCCUCCUGCCGGCUGCUUCUUGAAAGCCAUGAGGAGUUGACUCAAGACUCAAGACUUCAGGUCAAUAUCUCGGGCCUGAAGCCAGGGGUUCAAUACAGCAUCAACCCGUAUCUUCUACAAUCAAAUAAGACAAAGGGAGACCCCCUGGGCACCGAAGGUGGCUUGGAUGCCAGCAACACAGAGAGAAGCCGGGCAGGGAGCCCCACCGCCCCUGUGCAUGAUGAGUCCCUCCUGGGACCCGUGGACCCAUCCUCCAGCCAGCAGUCCCAAGACACAGAAGUCCUGCUUGUCGGGCUAGAGCCUGGCACCCGAUACAAUGCCACCGUUUAUUCCCAAGCAGCGAAUGGCACGGAAGGAGAGCCCCAGGCCAUAGAGUUCAGGACAAAUGCUAUUCAGGUUUUUGACGUCACCGCUGUGAACAUCAGUGCCACAAGCCUGACCCUGAUCUGGAAAGUCAGUGAUAACGAGUCGUCAUCUAACUAUACCUACAAGAUACAUGUGGUGGGGGAGACAGAUUCUACCAAUCUCACUGUCAGGGAGCCUCGCGCUGUCAUCCCGGAACUCCGCUCCAGCACCUUCUACAACAUCACAGUGCAUCCUGUCCUAGGUGACAUGAAGGGCACGCCCGGCUUCCUCCAAGUGCACACCCCCCCUGUUCCAGUUUCUGACUUCCGAGUGACAGUGGUCAGCACGACAGCGAUCGGCUUAGCAUGGAGCAGCCAUGAUGCAGAAUCAUUUCAGAUGUGUAUCACACAGGAGGGGGCUGGCAAGUCUUGGGUAGAAAUAACCACCAACCAAAGUAUUAUCAUUGGUGGCUUGUUCCCUGGAACCAAGUAUUGCUUUGAAAUAGUUCCAAAAGGACCAAAUGGGACUGAAGGGGCAUCUCGGACAGUUUGCAAUAGAACUGUUCCCAGUGCAGUGUUUGACAUCCACGUGGUCUACGUCACCACCACGGAGAUGCGGCUGGAGUGGAAGAGCCCAGACGGUGCUUCCGAGUGUGUCUACCAUUUAGUCAUAGAGUCCAAGCAUGGCUCUAACCACACAAGCACGUAUGACAAAGCGGUCACUCUCCAGGGCCUGAUCCCGGGCACCUUAUAUAACAUCACCAUCUCUCCAGAAGUGGACCACGUCCGGGGGGACCCCAGCUCCACUGCACAGUACACACGGCCCAGCGAUGUGUCCAACAUUGAUGUAAGUACCAACACCACAGCAGCAACUUUAAGUUGGCAGAACUUUGAUGACGCCUCUCCCACGUACUCCUACUGCCUUCUUGUUGAGAAGGUUGGAAAUUCCAGCAACGCAACACAAGUAGUCACGGACACGGGAAUUACUGAAGCUACAGUCGCUGAAUUAAUACCUGGUUCAUCAUACACAGUGGAGAUCUUUGCACAAGUAGGGGAUGGGAUCAAGUCACUGGAACCUGGCUGGAAGUCAUUCUGUACAGAUCCUGCGUCCGUGGCCUCCUUCGACUGCGAAGUGGUCCCCAAAGAGCCAGCCCUGGUUCUCAAAUGGACCUGCCCUCCUGGCGCCAAUGCAGGCUUCGAGCUGGAGGUCAGCAGUGGAGCCUGGGACAAUGCGACCCACCUGGAGAGCUGCUUCUCUGAGAAUGGCACUGAGUGUAGAACGGAAGUCACGCAUUUGAAUUUUUCUACCUCUUACAACAUCAGCAUCACCGCUGUGUCCUGUGGAAAGAUGGCAGCCCCCGCCCAGAACACCUGCACCACUGGCAUCACAGAUCCCCCUCCUCCAGAUGGAUCUCCUAAUAUUACAUCUGUCAGUCACAAUUCAGUAAAGGUCAAGUUCAGUGGAUUUGAAGCCAGCCACGGACCCAUCAAAGCCUACGCUGUCAUUCUCACCACUGGGGAAGCCGGUCACCCUUCUGCAGAUGUCCUGAAAUACACGUAUGAGGAUUUCAAAAAGGGAGCCUCAGAUACUUAUGUGACAUACCUCAUAAGAACAGAAGAAAAGGGACGUUCUCAGAGCUUGUCUGAAGUUUUGAAAUAUGAAAUUGAUGUUGGGAAUGAGUCAACCACGCUUGGUUAUUACAAUGGGAAGCUGGAGCCUCUGGGCUCCUACCGGGCUUGUGUGGCUGGCUUCACCAACAUCACCUUCCACCCUCAAAACAAGGGGCUCAUCGACGGGGCUGAGAGCUAUGUAUCCUUCAGUCGCUACUCAGAUGCCGUUUCCUUGCCCCAGGAUCCAGGUGUCAUCUGUGGAGCGGUUUUUGGCUGUAUCUUUGGUGCCCUGGUUAUUGUGACUGUGGGAGGCUUCGUCUUCUGGAGAAAGAAGAGGAAAGAUGCAAAGAAUAAUGAAGUGUCCUUUUCUCAAAUCAAACCUAAAAAAUCCAAGUUAAUCAGAGUGGAGAAUUUCGAGGCCUACUUCAAGAAGCAGCAAGCCGACUCCAACUGUGGGUUCGCAGAGGAAUACGAAGAUCUGAAGCUUGUUGGAAUUAGUCAACCUAAAUAUGCAGCAGAACUGGCUGAGAAUAGAGGAAAGAAUCGCUAUAACAAUGUUCUGCCCUAUGAUAUUUCCCGUGUCAAACUUUCGGUCCAGAGCCAUUCAACGGAUGACUACAUCAAUGCCAACUACAUGCCUGGCUACCACUCCAAGAAAGAUUUUAUUGCCACACAAGGACCUUUACCGAACACUUUGAAAGAUUUUUGGCGUAUGGUUUGGGAGAAAAAUGUAUAUGCCAUCAUUAUGUUGACCAAAUGUGUUGAACAGGGGAGAACCAAAUGUGAGGAGUAUUGGCCCUCCAAGCAGGCUCAGGACUACGGAGACAUAACUGUGGCAAUGACAUCAGAAAUUGUUCUUCCAGAAUGGACCAUCAGAGAUUUCACGGUGAAAAAUAUCCAGACAAGUGAGAGUCACCCUCUGAGACAGUUCCAUUUCACCUCCUGGCCAGACCACGGUGUUCCCGACACCACUGACCUGCUCAUCAACUUCCGGUACCUCGUUCGUGACUACAUGAAGCAGAGUCCUCCCGAAUCGCCGAUUCUGGUGCAUUGCAGUGCCGGGGUCGGAAGGACGGGCACUUUCAUUGCCAUUGAUCGUCUCAUCUACCAGAUAGAGAAUGAGAACACCGUGGAUGUGUAUGGGAUUGUGUAUGACCUUCGAAUGCAUAGGCCUUUAAUGGUGCAGACAGAGGACCAGUAUGUUUUCCUCAAUCAGUGUGUUUUGGAUAUUGUCAGAUCCCAGAAAGACUCAAAAGUAGAUCUUAUCUACCAGAACACAACUGCAAUGACAAUCUAUGAAAACCUUGCGCCUGUGACCACGUUUGGAAAGACCAAUGGUUACAUUGCCUAAUUCCAAAGGAAAAACCUUUCUGGAGUGAACCAGACCAUCGCACCCACAGCGAAGGCACAUGCCCCGAUGUCGACAUGUUUUUAUAUGUCUAAUAUCUUAAUUCUUUGUUCUGUUUUGUGAGAACUAAUUUUGAGGGCAUGAAGCUGCACAUGACAGAUGACAAAUUGGGGCUGUCGGGGGCUGUGGAUGGGUGGGGAGCAAAUCACCUGCAUUCCUGAUGACCAAUGGGAUGAGGUCACUUUUUUUUUCCCCCUUGAGGAUUGUGGAAAACCAGGAAAAGGGAGCUAUGAUUUUUUUUUCCAAAACAAUUUCUUUUUUAAAAAAGACUAUUUUAUAUGAUUCACAUGCUAAAGCCAGGAUUGUGUUGGGUUGAAUAUAUUUUAAGUAUCAGAGGUCUAUUUUUACCUACUGUGUCUUGGAAUCUAGCCGAUGGAAUAUACCUAAUUGUGGAUGAUGAUUGCGCAGGGAGGGGUACGUGGCACCUCUUCCGAAUGGGUUUUCUAUUUGAACAUGUGCCUUUUCUGAAUUAUGCUUCCACAGGCAAAACUUAGUAGAGAUCUAUAUUUUUGUACUGAAUCUCAUAAUUGGAAUAUACGGAAUAUUUAAACAGUAACUUAGCAUCAGAGGUUUGCCUCCUCAGUAACAUUUCUGUUCUUAUUUGAUCAGGGGAGGCCUCUUUGCCCCAACCCCGCUUCCCCUGCCCCCUGUACAUUUGUGCUCCAUUUUUUCUUCCUUUUUCCCUCCCAGUUUUCUCCAAAGACUCUUCUGUUGGCAACAUUUUCAGCCCAUUGGUUGGGUGAGAAUGGCGACUCAAGUAUCACCUUGAGAAUUUCUGUGGGUGGGAAUGGGAGAAGCAGAGGAAUCCUACAGUGACAGAAAUCCUUUUCUUGUCCCUGUAUUAUCCUUUUCCUCAUGUCUGUAUUUGGUAUGAAGGAUUAUUUAAAGGUGCAAUAUGUGACUUAGUGAUUCAUGAUGUUCUAGGUUUUUAGUAACGUUUUACUCAGGUUGGCAUUUUAUGUGUCUGUAUGUGUGUGUGUCUUCAGAAGCGUGGCAAUCUGUGAACACUUCAGCGUGAAUUCAGUGUCAGAUUAAUCCCUCCUUCCCCAAAGUCCACUGGCUUUCGUCUCUCUCUGCCGUGACACAUAUCGGAAUCUACUGUGUAUAUAUAUAUAUAUAUAUACUAAGCUCUCAAAAACAGGCAUUCCUAUGAAUUGAGGUGUACAAAGUUUGAAUUUGUAUCAAAGAUGUAAUUAUUAUUUUUAAAACCUCUUUUCACUAUACUGCUGCUGUAAUUACUUUGAUUUUUAAAAUGUAGAUUAAUUUUUUUUUCUUUUGCUUCAGGUGUGUAUCCACCAAGAAUUUCAAAUUUAUGUGGAUUUAUUUUAUUGGUACCUAAUCUGUAAACUUCUUAAGGCAUUAACAUGAAAAGAUUUUUUUCUUCUUUUUAUUUUAUAUUGUGGCUCAGGUUAUAUUUUGAAGACGUUUUGAGUUUAUCCUCCAAUAGGCAAUGAAGUUGACAAGGUUUUAUGAAGGAAUAACCAAGUCCCUGGAGUCCUGUGGCUGUUUCCACAGUAACGCGUCCUGCUGUAAACAGGACAGGUGUGUCCUGUUGAGAAUGGGAGUGGGCUCUUCCAGCCUCCUGGUCCCUCCUGACUCUGCCACGCCCCUCACCUCACUGGCACUUUGAUAACUGACUGGACAUGUCAAUGGGUCUUUUAGGGUUCUAAAGGGUGAACCACACUUUUAAAGCCCCGGCUGUGGUUCGGAGGGUUAGUGCUGUAUGCCUUUUAUUUCCCUUUCCCUUUGAGGUACUGAAAGGAUGAAAAGGUGGUGUCAUGUUUUGGGGAGAAUCUUACUUCUCAAAUGGAAAUUGCACUUUUUGCUGAAUCCUUUGCAUUUUUUUGGUAGUAAGCAGUUCAUUGAGUAUCAGGUCCUCAAAAGAAUGAGUUGGCCCGGCUAGGGCGGGCCCUCUUGACCUAACUUCAGAGGGGUCCUUGGCUCAGUAGGUGUGAAUCAGGGAAGCCACGCUGUCCUCGGGGUGCUGUAUGAAGCUGGGUGUGGGCGGAUUCCUCCCACACCUUCACACUGGCCUGCCUCCAACUCCUACAGAUCUCCGAGCGGUCGCUACUUCAUUCAUAGGUCCCUGUUCAGGCAGCAGUUCCGUGGGCUGUGGCCGUCUCCCCUCCAGUGUGUCCGAAACCAUCACAGAGAAGUCAGAGGAAGGGACUUGUUGCUAAAAAAUCCUUCUUUAAAAGAUUAAAGCAACAUAAUUGUAAACAUAUUGUAUAAAAAUGAAAAAACAGGAGCCCUCUUCCCUUCUGCCUGGUGUGGGCUUGGGAAAUGGGCAAGCGGCCCCAGCAAUCGUGGGAGGAACUCUUGCGCCGAGCGGUCUGGGAUUCCAAAUGGGCAGGUCACACGAAGGUCACGAUGCUUCUCUGCAUCCUGAAAAGGGCUGGGGACAGGGCCAGUGGGGGUGGUAAGGGUAUUUAUAGCACAGUGCUUGAAAAGGGAAGAUUAAUGUGUAAAUAUAAAGGACACACAGGCUGGGGGAUGGUCAGAGGCAAGAGGAGGGUGCCUCUGAGCUUCGUCAACCCCUCCCAGGAGCAGUGAGCUCAAAUUGGAAGAGUCCAGUGGAAUCGGGGGGUGGUGCGAGUGCCCCUGCUCCGUCCUUGACAAUGGCAGCUGGGAUGGGUGUGGGUGUCAAUGGAAGGGCCAGCUGGUUUCGGGGACUUGGGUCAUUGAUAGCAUCUCCCAGGAACAACGACUUUUUGCCUCCAAAGUCGGAUCUAGUGAUGAUCGGCACCAGCAGGAAAUGACAUUUGGUGUCUGCCUACUGCGGCCACACUGUGACCUCCAGCCAGACUUCCGCCUCAUUGACUCCACUGGAUUUGUGCUCUGUGGAGUCAGAGGCUGCCGGGGGUUGGGGAUGGAGGGGCAGGGGUCAGCUAUGCAGCCGAUCACGUGUGUUUUUCAUCUGGGAUGAAAAAGCCUAGUUCUCUUGAAAUGCUUGAUUGUGCUUACGGAGCUGAACAAGUCUUGGUGACUGUUGUUGAUUUGCCUCAAAAGUCUUAAGUUCUGGGUUUUCAGACUACUGUGUAGCAGCUGUGUGUUUAACAUACUGUAGCGUUUUCUCCCUUGGGGGCACAUAUGAAUAGGAUGUGUUGAUGUGGACUCUAAACUGUAAUUUUCUUGUAACUAUUUUGGAAUGAUGCACAUUUCUAAUGUUUGUUAUACUUGUACAGAGUGUUGCUGUUGGUUGCUUUUUUUUUUUUUUAAGGAAAAAAUGGCCUGAAAACAUUUUUUUAAAGACUCUUACAAAUACCAAAUAUAAAAAAAUGUCAAUG